ACACAAUCCGCUUUCCUUUGCCUCUCUCUCUCGCAGCACGGGAAGGAGGCCUCAGCUACUUGCGGCAGCGCAGGGAUUGAAGAAAGAAAUUCAUUAGAGGAAGCAUGAAACAAUACAAAGCGGAAAGUCAUAGGUCAUACAUCAAGAAUCAAAGAACAUAAAAUCCCAGGAAAUGAAUCCGUUGCAUUCCAAAAUCUAUAUUUGUUUUACAAGAUUUCAUCACUUUCUGUUAUACUGGAUGACUUCUUUACCCUUUGUGAAUGUGUAGAUUUGCUUGCUUCAAUGAUUAUAUUCAAACUGCGGAGCUUCCAGCAUUCAGCAGAAAUAACAUGUGAAGUUAGUCAUUUAUUCAGUAGAACCAUCCAUUCUUUGUUCCUUCAACAUGACAAAAAGUGACGUCUUUUUGCUUUUGGAUAUUUGAGUGAUUGGACUAUCAUUUAUGCCAAUUACUCAUGGAUUCCGUGGAUUUAUCAGAAUCAAGAUGCUAUUUUUUCAUUAUAUGUGCGCUUAUAAGCUUUCGAGUUGUUCAAAGACAUAUUUUAGUGGGAUUCAUUCACUUCACCAUUUUAAAAACAAGAAACCCAUCAAACCAACUAAGAAGAAGAUUGGAAGAUCUACCAAAGACCGUGGUAAGAGGGUGGAUAAAGAGCCAAAAGUUUAUAUGAGGAAUACAAUAGAAAACAUAUCAAAGAUUUUGAGGUUCUCAACAUGGGAUUCGGCUCGAGAGCGGCUAGAAAGCCUCCCAAUAAAAUGGGAUUCCUAUACAAUCAACCAGGUGCUGAAAACCCACCCGCCCAUGGAAAAGGCUUGGCUGUUUUUCAAUUGGGCGUCCCAUCUGGGUGGAUUUAAGCAUGACCAGUUCACUUAUACAACGAUGCUGGACAUCUUUGGGGAAGCAGGGAGGAUUCCAUCGAUGAAAUUCAUCUUUCAGCAGAUGCAAGAGAAAGGUAUAAAGAUAGAUGCAGUAACAUACACUUCACUAAUGCAUUGGCUUUCGAAGGAUGGAGAUGUCGAUGGAUCAUUUAAGAUGUGGGAGGAGAUGAAAGCUAUGGGCUUUCGCCCGACGGUUGUGUCAUAUACUGCCUUUAUGAAGGUUCUUUUUGAUAAUAACAGGCCAAAGGAGGCUGCUGAGGUUUACAAGGAGAUGCUUGAAUCGAGGUGUUCGCCAAAUUGCUACACUUACACAGUUUUGAUUGAGCAUCUAGCUGGCGUUGGUAAAUUCAAAGGAGCGCUUGAAAUUUUUGACAAGAUGCAAGAAGCAGGAAUUCAACCCGACAAGCCCUUAUGCAACAUCUUCAUCCAGAAAUGCUCGGCAGCAGGAGAGAUGUCAGCAAUGGCUCAAAUCCUUCAGCAUAUGAAAGAGAACUCACUUGUCCUUCGUUAUCCCAUAUAUCUGGAAGCCCUCCAUGCGCUGAAAGCUGCUGGAGAGAGUGACCAUCUCCUCCGAGAAGUCAAUCCACAUCUUGCAUUUGAAGGCAUUGAUGAGGAGAAAUCUGAAACCGUAGUAACUACUGCCAAUUUUCACUACCAAAUUGACAGAGGCAUCGUUCUAAAUCUUCUGGGGAGGCGGAAUUUCGUUGCAACUGAAAACAUGCUUGCUGGAAUGAUUUCUAGGAAAACCCGUUUGGAUUCUGACCUCAUCUCUGAUGUCAUUCGAGCGAAUUGUGCAAAUAGUAGACCUUCUGGUGCUCUGAUGGCGUAUGAGUAUAGUAUAAAAACAGGCAUAAAGCUCGAGAGAGAUGCAUAUGUUGCUCUCGUAGGCCUCUUCAUUCGAACUAGUUCAUUUCAAAAGGUCUUGGAGAUUGUCGAAUGCAUGGUUAGAGCAGGGAUCACGCUCGGGGUGUAUUUAGUUUCCAUCUUGAUUUACAAGCUUGGAUGUGCUGGAAUGCCCACAUCUGCUGCGAAGAUCUUCAAUUCCUUUCCCAAUGACCAGAACACUACCACUUAUUCAGCUCUGAUUGCUGCCUAUGUUCAAUCACAGGACAUUGAUAAAGGGCUUGAGGUCUACACGGACAUGAAAAGGAGGGGGGUCCGCCCCUCGUCUGGCACAUAUAGAGUUCUGAUAGCUGGUCUCGAGGAAGCUGGCAGAGCCAAUGAAGCAGAAGUUUUUAGGAAGCAAAUGAAGGGCAUACGAGGCGAUGGCUAUACCAGAGAUGUCGUUUCUAUAGAAGAAAGAUUAUCUAACCUUCUCUUUGAUAGGGGUUGAGCCUUGUGACCCAAGAAAAUUCCAUGAUGGUGGUGAUCAUGAAGUGGCCCACUCGAGCAAUCAACAAUUGUCAAAGGUACUUGCAUCAUUUGUGCAUGUAUUAGCAGCAUUGUCAAGGUUUAUUUUUUCCUGUUCAGUUUGUUGUGAGUUAGUUGUUACUCUGGCAGAAUCUGAUAAUACUGUAGAUGUGGCGAUGCACCUCAAUCCGAGCAGUUCAAAUCACUGGGCCUGCUGUGUGGAAUGUGACCCAUGUGAUCAGUUGAUUGGACAGUUGUAAUUUGUGAUUAACAAGCAUUUCAUUGAUUAAUUUUUGACAUUGAUCA